AUGUCGCGAUAUGUUGCAAUCGACAGCGAUAGGAACGACGACUGGAAAAUUGAAAGUGAGCAUUCGCAUUCAUCAUCACGAGAUACGCGUGCUCAUCGCGAUACCCGAUCUCGAGUACGAACACCCGAAAGCAGUCAUCGAAAACGUUACGAGUCGUUCGGUCGAAAGGAGCAGAGAAGUCAAGAGCAACAAAGCAAAAAGAAACAUCAGCGAGAAUCGCCUUCGACGAUCACUUUCGAUGAACGAAUCGAACAAGAAACUGGAGGUGGUUUGCUGAAGGUGUGGGAGGGGCUGCCUGAAGAGAUCGAUAGAGAGCUGAGCAAAAAUGAGGCGAAAAAGAAGUUACCAACUGAUGAGGACAUCGAUAGAAUAUUAGCGAAGCGUGCGAAAGUUAGUCAUUCUUUAAUUGUGUACUGCUCUUUUGUUGCUUCGAUUUUGAUUUGA